AUGACCUUCUCUGAACAUAACCGGUCUUUAUUCGGGCCUCCAUCGACGGAGCUUCCCAAACCUCCAGUGCCGUAUACUCCUGGCUGGAGGUUUCAGGCGCAAUCUCACACUGCCCCUGCCCCAACCCCGGUAAUACAAUGCGGCUGCAUCAAUAGUGACCAUGAAAUGAGAGAAAGAAACCAACAGAGUUUAAUCGACAGAUGUUUAAGACACCCUCCCCUGCCUGGAAAGGAAGGGAAUGGCGCUGUCAGCCUCGAGGUUAUCGACAUUUUGAAAGGAGGCGAUGGCCACAGCUCUCAGGUAUUCACUGCCCGACUCUUAGCCUCAGAUUCAAAACCCGAGAUCCUCCCUCAAAAAGGGACCCAGCUUGUUGCUAAGAUAUACGACCCCCUUUACUUGAACGAUAGCGAAGGUUACCUUAAUCCAUUUUCCUGUGUCGACAAAUACUAUACCCACGAGGCCAAUGCAUACCUGAGUCUCCACGAAUUUCAAGGCCAAUGGAUCCCGAGAUACUAUGGAUCCUACACCUUGAGCUUACCUGUGGAUUCGGUGCAGACACGGACAGUCCGAAUGAUUCUGGUUGAGUAUAUCCAAGGCAUGACCAUGUCCCAUGCUCAACCAAAGGACUUUUCUCAGUCUGCUCGUCAAAGUAUUCUCAAGUCAAUCGUGGACCUCGAAAGCCGGAUAUACCACGCCGACAUUUGGCUCAUUGAUGUCGAGCCGCGGAAUGUCAUUCUCAGGGAUCCGGAUAGCGAUCUGCCCCGCGUGGUGUUCGUUGACCUCGCCCAUGCUCUUUUCAAUCGCAGGAGAGAUGACCCCCUUGCCUUGCAGUUGGAGUAUUUUAUGGGACAAUAUAUUUCUCCCUUACUUCGGUGGACGGAAAGCAGAAGUUCCACAGAAGCUUUUUAUGAAUGGAUUGACUGGGAUUGGGAUCCCUGGCUUGAGGUCGAGUUUGCUCACACGGCUGCGAGUAUCACACCGGAGAUGCGAGAGGAAUGGCCCAGAGAAUAUGAGGAGGCUGAAUCAAGCUGA